UUUUAGUGUGUUUUAUUAGAAUUUUAUAGACAAUUUUAGUACUUAUACUAUACUAGUUUCUGUUAUAAGUUAAAUAUGAAUUAACAUUUAUCAAUAUAUUUCAUAUUUUUAGAGAAAACACUUUCUGUUAACAUUUGGACGCAAUGGUGCGAUAUCGCAGUUGUUCCAUUAGGGGCUGUGAAGAUGAGUGUUCAAGUCGACAUAGUUUCCCAAAUCCAAAGAAAUAUCCGCUUCUUUUUGAACAAUGGUUGUUAGCAUGUGAUGAUCAUGAUUUAAAUCAUAUAUCCCCUGAAACUAUUUAUCGGACGAAGAAGAUAUGCCAUUUGCAUUUUCAGAACAGUGACAUUAUAUCGUCAGCUUUGUUGUUAAAGAAAGAUGCUGUUCCUUCCGUGAAUUUGCCCAAAAGAGAAAUAGAUGCGGUACAAUGUAUUGAAGGAAAGGUAACUAUUCCAUGUCCUUCAUGUAGUGCAGGGGUCUACAAGUCAGGCUGCAGUUAAUUAUCCGAUGAAACAGUGUGAAUAAUCAUUUAACGCAUUGGUCAUAAAUUUUUUAUCAUAGACGGACAGAAAAUUAUUCAUUUAUAUGACCCUCCACAUCUAAUAAAAGGAAUUGGAAAUAAUUUAUUAAAAA